CAACAGCUGAUCAUCUCAUCGACCUCCAUCUUUCUUCCUUCUCCUUGCUUCGUCCAAUUUGCUAGCUUUGGUCGUCUGAUCUUGUGCCUUUGCUAUUGGAUCAAUGGCACACGGCAAGAGGUCUAGGCAGCAGGCCGAGGCAACGACCUCCGUUAGCCUGCUGGACCUGGACGGCAGCGACAUGGCGCGAAUCCUCCUCCUCUUCUCCGGCCACCACCACCACAGCCAUGGUCACGCUGGCGUCGCUGGGCCGCCGUCGCCCGAGAGGGUGUUCGAGUGCAAGACCUGCAACCGGCAGUUCCCUUCCUUCCAGGCGCUGGGCGGCCACCGGGCUAGCCAUAAGAAGCCGCGUCUCGCAGAGGGCGCCGAGCCGCCAAAGCCCAAGGUGCACGGCUGCUCCAUCUGCGGGCUCGAGUUUGCCGUUGGCCAGGCGCUCGGCGGCCACAUGCGACGCCACCGCGCCGUCGCGGCGGCAGGGGAAGGGCUCGGCCUUGGCCUCGACCUUGGCCUCGGCCUCGGCCUCGGCCCCAAAGACGUCGGCCAGAAGAAGACAGCAACGGCGGCGGCCGAGCUGGUGCUCGACCUGAACGUGCCGGCGGCGUUAGAGGAGGAGCCAGCGGCCGAUCGCACCAACAAGCAGCUGGGGCUCGCCGUGGACUUCCCCGUGGUGGUUGACUUCCGACGUUAAGAAGAAAUUCAUGCCUGAUCUAUACAGUACAAUUUUUGGUGUUCAAUAUAUUUGCGUUGAGCUGCUCGAGAAGUCAACAACCCUUCGCACGUUAGAAAUACUGCCUCGUGUACUUUUCUAAUGUCUCCAUAUUUACACGGGUUGACUUCUCGCGGUAUUUGUGGUAGACUUUUUUUCCACGGGAGUUCUGUUUUUGUGAUGCUCCUUAGCCUUGCGGCUGACAACAAACAAUUUAAAUGUGACAAUGGAAAUAUUUAUACAUGAUCCCUCGCAAUAUAG